UUUUUCCCCUUCUCUUUGGUCCCUAUUGUGUUCUCAAAUCCAAACGGCACUGUAUCCAUAUCCCAGGAAGAUUUCUCGGAAAGACGAGCGUAAUGGCGAUUGUAGAGGAGCUGCCGCAAGACGUGUUGAUCGACAUCCUAUCUCGGCUUCCGGCGAAAUCCCUCGUCCGAUUCAAAUCCGUCUCCAAACACUGGUACUCUCUCCUCCUAAACCCUAACUUCAUCUCCCUCCACCGCACCCGCGCCCCACUCUGCUACUGCGCCUCCCGCAUCGUCGGGAAUUAUCCCUACCGCUGGCAGAUGCAUUUACUUCCUGACCGAACUUCGAUUCGUGACCUUGAUCUCUCUUUCACCGGGCCCCACCUUGCGGAUUCGAGCCUGUACCGUGGCUCCUGUGACGGACUCAUGUGUCUCUCCGAGAAGUCCAAUAUCGUGAUAUGCAACCCUGCAACGAGAGAGUGUAGGCCACUCCCUCAACCUCCUUACCGUACCUGGCAUACUAGAUAUGUAGGGUUUGCUUAUGAUUCCAAAACCAGUGAUUACAAAGUGGUCAGAGUCGCCACCUUCCGUAAAACCACGCUGGUUGAUAAUAGAAUUCAAAUCUACGGCAUGAGCGCAGAUUCGUGGAAAGAAACCGAUGCUGUGGUGCCCAACCGCGACUUCACCACUUACUAUCAUCUUUGCACGUCAUUGGACGGAAUUUUCUACUGGUUGAGUUAUGAUUCUUCUACUCGGGUCCGCGCAAUCGAUGCCUUAAACACAGUUGAAGGAUCAUUUGAGCGAAUAUCCUUGCCCGCCGGCAUUAGGUCUGAUGGGCAUCUUCAUCUUUGUCUUAUGGAUGAUUCCAUUUCCGUUGUUGUGCCAAAGUAUGACGACCAGCGAGGAGAGACGCUGUUUGACGUAUGGUUAAUGGACGAAUACGGACUUAAGGGGGUUUGGAAUAAAAAGUACACAAUUGGGCCUCUCUUAGGAAGUCACAUUCCAUUUGGGUUUUGCCCAAACAGAGAGGUUCUUCUGUCUGUGUGCAAAAAUGGGAAGAUUGUGUCGUACAAUCAUAGUACACAUUACAUAGAAGAAUACAAACAGUUAUGCGAUUUGCCAGAACCACGUUUUAUAACACAUGUUUUUCCAUACUCAGAGAGCUUAGUGUCUGUCAAGAGACGGGUUGAUUUAGCUUAAUUAGGAUGGUACUGCAUUUACCCGUUGCUAAACAAGAAGAAGAAGGUGAUAAGGCGUACCAAUCAGCUUCUGGAAUUUCUUCUUGAUAGUCUUCUCCUCGAGCACCGUGGAACUAUGAAGCAAUUUAUUCAGGUUUGCAUAUCUGUUGAGAAGUGUGAAAGGAUCCAAUUCCCAGGUUUUGGACAAUGGACGUAUAUCCAUUUUCACUUUUUCUUGUAUGUACUUGUCUUUUCUUCCUAUGUAAUCUAAUCGUGCGCUUCAUAACUACUACUAAAUCUUCGUGUCAACUUAUACUGGGAAGGUGAUGCAUUUGGUUAAACUUUAAACUGUAAGAUCAGCUACUCGGCUUAGAUGCCUUGAAUAUCUUAUUUUUUUUUGGUAUUUUGAUUCCUAUAUUAUUAUCUUGUGCAAAGUGGCUCUAGCAAUUAUCUCAUUAUGGUGCCUUACUUUUUAUACCUUUGAUGAGGACUGUUUGAUUUGGAGAAAGCGGAACAAUAGGACUUUCGUUGGGGUGGGAUGGAGCAGACUGUUUAUGUGGUAUUUCCUUUUCUUCAGUUAUGCCUUUUCCUCUAGUUUGACAGAGGCAUAUCAUUAGGAAGUGGCUUUCUAAAGUACGAGCUGGUACAAAAGCUUGGUCCUUAUGCCAAUUUUGCUGUCGGCCCUUUUUUGUUAAGAAAAUUUAAGGCGGGUAAGCUCUCUUGUAUAUCUCGGAUCAAAUUGUUGAUUUUGUGGAUUCUUUAUAUAGGUGAUUUUCUUCAUCUUUGUUGUGUUUCAGGCUUUUGUGAUGCUUUUAUUGUGUUUCAGAAGUUCAUUUUUUUUUUUUUGGUUUCUCAAUGUGCACGGGUUUCAUCCCCUUGAAGUCAAUUUUGACCAUGACAUAAAUAGCAUUGUCAAUCAACAGGUCAAUUCUCUUGGUAGACAAAUAUGUUACUACAAACACAUUUGCUAGUACUUAUACAUAUGUACAAACAGUAGGGGUACACCUGCUUGUAAGUAUUCUUGUAGAUUAUAGUAUCUGAAUUGAUUACUUGGUGCACAAUCUUGGAAACACAUUACAUGCAUUGCGUAAGAGGAACAUUGCGCUUGAUAUACCUAGUACUUUGCUAUGGUAUCCUGGGCUUUGCACUAUCAAGAGCGACCGAACGGGACAUUCGUGGGAGUAGAGGAGCCUAAAAUCUAAAUAGUUCCGUUUUUGUUUUUCUGCAUAUAGCUGAGAUACAAUGAUUGUGGCAUCUAGCUUUGAUCAAAUUGGGGAUUUUUGCAUUGGUUAAUACUUACUAGGUAUGGCCUUUUUAUGCUUCAACCCUAGCUUCAUCGCCCUCCACCAAAAUCGCGUCCAACCCAACAACUGCUUCCUCGUUAUGCGAUACCUCGUUGAUGACUUGGGUUUCUUCCAAUAGUAUAGAGCUGUGGCUUUAUUACCAAAGUUGAACCUUGGUUUCAACUUAUGUCGAGGAGAAAAUAUAUUAGGUAGAGCUUUGGACGAUAUAAUGUGCUGUUACUUGUAAUUUGCUGUUACUUGUGAAGUUGUGAUUAUAAUCUUGUGCGGACCUGCACUAUCAAUCCUCUCAUUAUGGCUUCCUUUUGUACAAUGAGGCGAGGCAUUAAACUAGAAUGGAGGAAUGCCUGGUUGAUGGCUCCCUUUUGUGCAGGAUGGUUGAUGUUGAGGGAGCAGAACAAUAGGACAUUCCGGGAAGUGGAUGAGAGAUUUUCUUGUAUUAUAUGUAGAUGGAAUACGAGCAUAAUUGCACCUAGCUCGGAUCAAUUGUUGAUUUUUGUCGUUCCUUUGGGUAUGUUGCUAUAUUUGGCAUCUUUUACAUAUGACGUUUCUUAUUUUACUUUUUAUUUUAGUUCGGAAGGUUUGUUUGUUUCACGUUGUAUCCCAGUUGGAUCCCCAUGAUGCUUUUUUCUGGCUAUAUUACUUUUAUCAGAACAAAAUGGCUCGAAACAUUUGGAAGGGGUUGCUUUUUUGUUGAUCGUAGAAAGCAGGGACAAGGGGACAGUAGCAUCUAGCUUUGAUCAAAUUUUUCGAUUUUGUGGAGUUUUGGCAUUGGUGAUUAACUUCGGCCUUUUCAUGAUCUACGACUCCCUGUGUUGCUUUUCUUUGCUUUCCAUGCCUUUUUUACCUUCCGCCUUGUAUACAGGUUUCAUCCCCUUUUUUGUAAAAUUUUAUUUCCUUAUUAAAUCAAAAAAGAUUAGAA